AUGGACGCCAUAGCAGGUCAUGAGCUUCUAAGCUUCAUGAACGCCUACUCAGGCUACAAUCAGAUCUUCAUUAACCCUACUGACCGCGAACAUACAACAUUCAUUACCGAUAAAGGACUCUACUGUUACGAUGUCAUGUCGUUCGGCCUAAAAAGUACGGGAGCGACAUAUCAAUGUUUGGUUAACAAGAUCUUCGCCGAACUCAUAGGCAUUUCUAUGGAAGUUUAUGUGGACGACAUACUGGUCAAAAGCAAGACCGCCAAUCGGCAUCUACACAACCUCUCCCUCAUGUUCGACAUCCUAAAGAAGUAUAACACUCUCCUCAAUCCAAACAAAUGUGUCUUCGGCGUUUCCUCUGGCAAAUUUCUAGGCUUCAUGAUCAGCCAACGAGGCAUUGAGGCUAACCUUGAAAAAAUCAAGGCAUUACUCGACAUCCAGUUUCUCACUGGACGCGUCACCGCCAUAGCACGAUUCACAUCAAAAGCCAUCGACCGAUGUGCCCCCUUUUUUAAAGCCCUCAAAGUGAGUAAGCGACAGAUCUUCUAG